GCGGCCGACCGAACCGUGGGUGAGAGCCACUGUCCGUACCCCGUGCCGAUAACCACGGCGGCCGUCCGGGACCUUUUUGGGCCUGUGCAAUCUCCUUUUUCUCAUCUCUCACCAGAGAUUGGUGAAAGGUCAGAAUGAAGGACGGUGGAAUCGGCGGGUUGGAGGCAUCCAGAGAGCCUCCACCAUUGCAGCUCGACGGCGUCAAAUCGUCGUCCAGAUUGGCGGCAGCGACCCGGCCCAUACCGACAUCGACAAUCGCUCCGGAGCCAAAAGCCGGCAGUACGCAAACUGAGAAAUGGAACACCAAAAACCUCGCUCUGCGGCUCGGCGCCGACCUCAUCAGCGCCGCCUCGGCUGCCGUGAUGGUGGCUCCGAUAAUUUCCAUCAUCGACCGGUCUAUCAUGGAGAACGCCUCCGGCCGCCGCUCGCUGGCCCAGUCGAUCAAGUCCUCCAUUCAGGCGCUCCUCCGCACGCCGCAGCGCGUCGUCUUCUCCAAGCCCUUCGCCCUCAUCUUCGCCCUCUACGGCGGAACCUACCUGACGGCCAACUCGCUCGACACGGCCACCUCGACGGUCCGCGCCCUGCCCGCGACCCACGUCAGCUCGGGCACGGCCAAGUUUGCCGCCUCCUCCGCCGCCAACAUCGGCCUCUGCAUCUACAAGGACCAGGUCUUUGUGCGCCUGUUCGGGCCCCCCGGCGCCGCCCCGCGCCCCGUCGCCCUCCCUAGCUACGCGCUCUUCGCCCUGCGCGACUGCAUGACCAUCUUUGCCUCCUUCAACGUGCCCCCGCUGCUGGGGCCCGUCCUGUCGCGGCGCGUCGGCGACGAGGUCCAGCGGUUCGUGUCGGGGCAGACGAUGGCGCAGUUCGCCGCCCCCGCGACCCUGCAGCUCGUCAGCACCCCCGUCCACCUGUGGGGCCUGGACGUCUACAACCGGCCCGGCGCGACGAGCUGGCGGGAUCGGUGGGCCGUGGUGCGCAAGAACUGGGCCGUCAGCACCGCCGCCAGGAUAUGCCGCAUCGUGCCUGCUUUCGGGGUGGGUGGCGUGGUCAAUUACAAGGUUAGGAGGGGCUUGAUGGAGAGGCUGGUCUGAGCAGCCUCUCCAGCUCAUGCUGGACUGGGUGUGUGUGCUUGCGUUUUAUGCCCUGUAUGGGUUUUUGUUUUCCCUUUCCCCUAAGCGAGCGCUUUGCGUUCUCCUCUCUGCUCUGAUGAUGAUGAGAUCCCGGGCUGCUGGCGGUCGGGUUACUGUCCAAUGCGGCGAGGUAUACUCUGGCGUUGAUACCACGGGUUUAGAUGGCAGCUUCUCAUAGACUUAUAGAGAGCGCUUGGGUAAAUCGAAAUGAGACACGUGAGCGGUUUCCCAGCACAUCCCGUCAGGGGCCGUGAGGGUCUU